AUGAACGAUCUAUAUGAAGCAGGUGGCAUCAUGCCAACAAUUGACGGUAAAACGAUGAUCUUGGCUGGUGUAUGCAAAUUUUUUUGCAAUGGAGUUUGUACAAAGGUUGGUGCUGAUUUUGGAUUAGCCAAUAUUGCACAUACCCAAACCGGGCAAUACAUUCACAUUUCCCCUUUGAUUUUUGUAUCUAAGGCAGUAGGUACCGAAGCAGAAGUAUAUCCUGCAGAAGCAUCAAAUAAAAAUGAUCUUCUAAAAAAAAUUCUUCCUGCUACAGUUGAUGAUUACAUAGAGUUGGUCAGAGCUAAUAACAUUUUUGGAACGAACCAUCGCUUUACAUGUCGGCAAUUGCUUUUGCUUCAUGCUAUGUUUGACUUCUCUGACACUUCAUAUAGAAAAGUUGCUCUUUCUUUUCUGCAGAAGCUGACGAGCAAGCCUCCUAAGCAUGAGGGUGAUAAUGAAAUGAAUAUUGGUUUCAAUAAUUUAACAUCAUCUACAUCUGUGAACCAAUCUUUAUUUUCCAUAGUUGUUCUCAGAUUUUAUCUUCUAGAAUUUGUUACUAUUGGUUUCUCAGCUACCACGAGAAGUUUAUAUGCUAUUCAACAUACUAUGGCUAGUUCAACACACAGACUAUGA